CUAGUCAUUUUUUUCAGCGGAGGCCACUCUCUUCACGCUGCGUUAAUGCGAGCGGCUCAAUACCCUCCAUCCAUCUGUGCAUCCAUCCAGACCACAGCCUGGAUCAUCCAGCAGCGCCUUUUGUUUACGCACACACAGCUCUACUUUAUAUCAUGUAACCCGGGUUAUUUUCCCCAUUCUAAGCCUGCGUUCCCGUGUUACUUUCUCUCCAAUGGAUGACUAGUCCGACCGGGGAUCCACCGCCCUGCAAGCUACCGGGGGACACGGAGCUCCACACCUUCCGGGGAGACGCGCAGGUCGGGGGUGAAAGCGGUGGAAAUGGUCAGUGUUUCGAGCUCGAGAGGCUUCCUUGGCCGUGAUGCGAACGCGGAUGAGGCGCGUCAACCUGUCGGGGAUGAUGGUAAAACCAUGCACCUGGGCAGUGAUCCGUAACCUCCCUUGCCCCUCACCUCCCUCCUGAUCACCUCUCCUCCUCCAUCUGUCCUCCUUCCCCUUCCUUCUCUCUCCUCCCUGUUCGUGAUGACGACCACACUGGAGACAAUGCUGGCCCAGCCCGACCUGGAGCUGGGCCCUGAGCGGCUGGACGGCUGCGAGGCCUCUCGUGGCAAUUACAAAGUAGUUCCCUCUGUUGUCUGCUCGAUGUGCUGUCUCUUCGGCAUCAUUUAUUGUUUCUUUGGCUAUCGCUGCUUCAAGGCGGUGAUGUUCCUGACGGGCUUGAUGUUCGGCUCUGUCGUUAUCUUUAUGCUCUGCUACAAGGAGCGCGUGCUGGACACCCAGCUGAGCGUGGAGGCCUCGGUGGGCAUUGGCCUGGGCAUCGGGACGCUCUGCGGCCUGGUCACCAUGCUGGUUCGUAGCGUGGGCCUUUUUAUGGUGGGCCUGCUGCUCGGCCUGCUGGUGGCCGUGGCUACCCUGGUCGGCAUGGAGGAGCUUUCCGACAGCCCACCGCGCUCCGUCUGGGUGCCCCUGGGCGUGCUGCUUGGCCUGGGCAUGCUGUUUGCCGUGCUCACCUUGCAGUGGCAGCGUCUGUUUACAACACUGUCCACAGCGGUGUUCGGGGCAGCCGUCAUCACGGUGGCUUUGGACUACUUCGUAGAGCUCUUCGCCCUCGUGUUGUACAUGUACGAACGGAUUAAAGCAGAGUCUGGAAAGCCUGUGUGCUGGAUGACGUGGGUGGUGCUCGGGGUGUGGCCUGCUCUCACUCUGCUGGGUGUCAUGGUCCAGUGGAAAGUGACCGCUGAAGGAUACUCCCAUACCAAGGUAAUCAUUAGCCGGCAGCAGCGGAGGAUGCAGGUGAUGCGCAUUCGUCAGCGAGAUGACCGCUACCGCAACAAGAAAAAGAAGAAGCAACAACAUGGCUCCUCCUCACACCAUCACCAGUCCAAGCAGCUGCACCCGGAGGCAGCCUACCGCCGCAAACCCAACCCUAUCCGUCGCUAUGAUACGGACGUCCUCUCGCCUAGCUACAUUCAGAGCUUCAGAGACCGGCAGGUGCAGGCGCAGCCGUUCCCAGGCCGGUUAGUUGGAAGCUCCCAUGCUGUUGUGGAGAUGGGCUAUGACUGUGGCUCCACAACGCCCCUCACUGGAGCAGCAGGACCUUCGCUACGGGUCUAACCACUCCAACACCUCCCAGAUGCCUGAACAUACCAC